CAUGAACUUCAUGAUCUUACGUUUGAAUAAAAUAAAUGAAAAGCAUUCUGUAUCUGAAAUUGCUCACUUCUGCCCUGAAAUACUUUAGGUAUUUUUUUUGCGUAGAUAGAAAAAACUCCAGUACUAUAAGAAGUAUCUUUCGACUGGUGACCGAAUGACUAUUCUAAACCAUGACAAAAAGGGUGGAAGGACCUGGAGAGAAUUGGAGAGAAGAGGAAAUAGCAAAGUUACCUUUGAUUCAUUUAUAAUUUGACAGCAUUCUGUGAAUGAAAUGUCUCCCCAAAUAAUACUGACAGCAGAGACAUGCAUUCAACAACAGUUCGAAGAAUUUUACAACCAACAAAACAUCGAAGAGCAAUGUACAGAGGAAGAUUUAAUAAAUUUGCAUGAAGCUUUCUUGGUAACUGAAGGAGAGGAAAUGAGCGAGUUGCAACUCCAAGAAGCAUUCAGAACUAUAUUGAAAAUUCAUAUUCCGAAUGAGGAAUUUCGAACAUUAUUCAAGAAGAUAAAUUUGAAAAGAGACGGAUACACAACAUGGGAUGAAUUUAUUACUUAUUUGCUGUUAGAGUUUCAACAAACAGAUACAACCCUGCAGCAGCAAACAUUGGAACCCCCUUUAACUGGUGAACCAGAGAUACAAAGAACCCAUCAUCGUAGUGCGGUCUGCAGAAUUGUGUUCUGUCCAGAAGUUCGCCCAGAUAGAACCUGGGAUUUUCUGCAAGGUUGUUACUUAACAGCAAGUAGAGAUGGUGUUAUUAAUUACUGGUCUUUGGAUCUUGAAUAUGAGCGAAGCGUUCACUCAACAAAUCCAUAUUUGAAAGUUUGCUCUACGACUAUAACUGAUAUGAUUGUACUACCCGAUAUUCAAAUAGUAUGUACAAGUUCUUCGGAACGUGACCUUCGGUUUUAUGAUACCAUGGCAAAGAAAUUUGAUCUCAGAGUAAUGGGCGAACUCCAAGGCAUGAAAGUUACAGAGUUUAAGAACAUUCAUGCUGAUUGGGUACGACAAGUAGCAUACUAUGGAAAUCUGCGAGCGUUUGUGUCCUGCGGUAUUUGCUCAGAUCAUUCGGUUUUUCUGAGCGACGCAACUGGUACCAAAAUGCAAUACAUAUUCAACGUGGCAAAGGGAGUUUCGUGCUUUGAUUUCUGUGAAGAAGCUCAUAUUCUGGUGACGGGUGGCCCUGAUUGUACCGUUCGUGUAUGGAAUCCGUUUGUGCCUAAUAAACCCAACUGCAUUCUUCAAGGACAUCAUGCAACUAUUUGUACACUAAUAACGCACAAUGGUGGAAAACGGAUAUAUUCUCUGGCAAAAGAUAAAUGUAUCAAAGUAUGGGAUGUCGCAGCUCAAGCUUGUAUGCAGACUUACAACGGUCUGCCAAGUGAACUUGGCGAACAUACUCCAAUGUCUGUUGUGUACAACUCAAUAACGCAAAAACUGAUAAUAGCCAGUAUGAAAAUAAUCAUACUGACAUGCGAACACGUAAUAAAUGCGGAAAUAUCUGAUGGGUAUACACACACGAAACCUGUUAGCUGCGUGCUUUAUAACACCUUAUAUAAAAUUGUUGUUACAACAGGCUUGGAUUCCUGCUUUAUAGUUUGGAAUCCUUGGAUAGGACGUCGCCUCUAUCUUCGCAGAAAUGCACACUACAAGUUAGUGUACGGCGAACAAGUUCCCGUUGAAAUAACUGCUGCCAGUUUCGAUACGUCCGAGCAGUUCCUCCUCACCGGUGCUAGAGAUGGGACAAUAAAAAUGUGGAUUUUUCAUUCAGGAAACUGUAUACGAAAUAUGAGCAUUGAACCCCAGUGUGAAAUAACAAGCAUUACCUGGCUAUCAAACCGAAUCCUUUGUACCGGUUGGAACCGCCACAUUACUGAAUUUGCAGACACCAAAGCUGGCGUGCAUAAAAAAAACUGGGAAACCAGCCACACAGAUGACGUACUUUGUACUGCUGCAAAUUACCCUCAAGCCCUAGCGACUGCAUCAUAUAAUGGCGAACUGAUACUUUGGCGAUUAGAGACUGGGCAGCCUUACAGAAGAUAUCGUGUCAAUAAUCCUACGGGAAGGUAUGCUAUAUCAUACAAGAAAGAAACUAAGGAGAGAUUGGAAAUACCAAGGAAGAGUCUCAAAUCGAACCUAAAGACUUUAUCGUUGCAACCAGACGCAAACCUCAAUGACGAUACAGAAAAUAAUCCAGAAUAUGCUUCCGACGAUGAAGUGUCUAAACAUCAAAAGUCGGCAUUGAGUUUUACAAGGAUAGUUGGUGUAUAUGCUAUGAUUUUUCUCAAUGCACGACCAAUGGCCCCCGAUGUUGGAUCUUUAUUGUUAUCGUUAGAAAAUGGGAUGAUCCAAGUGUGGACUCAUCACCCUGCAGCUGGAUUUUUAACCAGUUUUUCAGCUAUUCAUAUGUUGGGUGAUUACGUGAUGUCUUUAGCGACAGAUCCCGAAAAUCAGUAUUUGAUUACAGGGCAUACUGCUGGUUACAUAAAGGUUUGGUUACUCUCGAACUACGUCUUACCACAUCCUCCUGAUGUAUCUACGGCACUAUUAAAACUGAAGUUUCCGUUUUUAUGGAAAAAUCGGAUUGACGGACGUGCAAAAAGGGCUGUUCGAAAUCAACCGCAACCACUUUUACUUUCAUCCAUUCGUGCUCACUGUAAAACAAUUAAUUCUCUUCAAUACAUUCCAGAAGCAAGGCUGAUUAUUAGCGGUAGUUCUGAUCAUACUGUUAGAUUGUGGACAUUGAACGGCCGUUAUAUUUCAACUUUGGGUACAUUCAGACCAUGGUCCACAUUACUCCCUAACACUUGGGUGGAAAAAUAUUUUGGUUCAUACAGAUUGCCACCUGAUAUCAAAGGUGUCGGAAGUUUUACUACAAUGAAGGUUUUAAAUGGAGGUGAGAUUCCACAAGAAACGAAAGGUAAAACCGAAGAGGCUGAAAUGCUGAAGGAGGUACCGGAACACGAGAGAUACAUGUUGUAUGGCACAAGAUUAUCAUCUCCUAAACUUGGGCAUUAUUACAAAUUACCUGCCCGGUCUAAUGCAUAUGGUGCACCGCCAGUUCUGGAUAGUUCAUUGGCUUAUAUUCCCGUAUAUACACAUUUAGUAACGCAUGAAUUAGAGCCAAUAAAGAUUCCUCCAGUACCACAACUAAUACAGAAAUCGAUACCGUAAGUAUUUAACAUGAUUUUUUUAAACACAAAUAAAGAAAAGAAACACCUAAUUGGUAUCUUAUGAUAGUUAUAAUAACAAUAAUGAAGAUAGUACCG